GCCCUUGUGCCCAGCAGCAGUCUACACCUGCACACAGUUACACAAAUCUCGAACCAACCCCACACCGUGUACAUGAGUGGCCUGUGAGUGGGCAAGCAAGUGGUCACCGAAGAAGAAACUCCGAAGCCAUUUGUCAGCCGUCCUGGAAUCGAUCUUCGGUUCCGAACGGUACAGUGGUGUGGUGUCCCGUAUCAGAUUGCUUCAAUCCACCGCGUAAAAGUUCCUUUAGUUUGGUUUAUUUUGGCUGCGGCACAGGCAAGAUCGCGGCGCACGCAGAGACAAAACGGGCCCCCAGAAACCUGGCCGCUGGUUAAAACUGUAAAAGUGAGUGCAAUGUAAGCAAACUGCACACUCCGUGCCAAACCGUGGAGGAUAACUCCUGUGUGGUUACCCCAUUUUUGCCCGCGCUUGCUGUUGUGCUAUGAGCCCAACCGAAGGUGUACCGCGUGUGAGCAUUGGUAGUGCGAAAAGUUUGUGUGCCCGUGUCAAGGUGAAUGUUUGCAGUGGCCGCCAGUUCCAGCUGACGUUCGCAAACUUGUGCCUGAACCACCGUGAUCCCCGGGGUGUGUUGGUGUAAAAGCACGCAAGCACGAGCGGUGUGAGUGAGUGUGGCUGUGAAGAGAAGAAAAAAAAAACGGCAAACACCAACGUCAUCGCGGUGGAUCUGCAUACUUCCGCACGGAGAAGCGUUUCCGGCUGGGCUGUGUUUGGUUGUCGGCCGCACCUUUACCCGCUCCCGUGCUUCCCGGGUGCCUUGUGCGGCACCCUAGCAUCAUAAUUGACUGUACACCGGUAGCCCACGAAACGCCGCCACAUUGGAAUACCAGGAGGAGAGUUGUGCGUGUUCGCACAACGUGGAACCACCGCCACCAUCGUGCUGCAGAGUAAUGGUCACCAAAAUAUGGAGCAGCUGCAUGCCCAAACCGAGCAGCUCACCGAACCGCGUCGAACGGCAUCACUUCUAUCUGUGUCAGUGGCAAAGCAGCACCCAGGUCGGUAUAUGCUACCUGCUGUACCGGUUGAUAGUGGCCAUCGUGUUUCUGGCGAUGCUCGUCUGCUCCGUGCUGGACAUUGGCCGUUCCGAGCCGAUGUUCGAACAUCACUACGCCAAAUGGUGGAUCUACCUGACACACUGGGCACUGAUAGCGUGCACCAUACAGGCCUGGCUGGCGGCCAUCAUCGUCACCAAGGGUCUGAUGAUUGACCGGAAUGAGUUCGAGUGGAACAUUCAUGUCGCAAGGGAAAGCCGACUUCAUUCGGUGUACUGGAUUGCGUACACGAUUGCUACCGUCUACUCGUUCAUCGUCACUAUCGUUUACUGGAUGUUCGUGUACGAUCCAAGUAAAAACCGUGUCGAUGCCGUUAAUCUCAUGGUGCACGUGCUCAACUCCAUCAUUAUGCUAAUUGAUCUAACCAUCGUCGGACAUCCGAUCAAGCUCAACCAUGCGUACUGGACGACCGGUAUCGGGGUGGCCUAUGCGCUGUUCUCCAUCGUCUAUUACUUGGCUGGCGGAACGGACAGACACAACGAUUCCAGCAUCUACAAAAUGCUCGACUGGACCAAGCCGGGCAAAUCGAUCGUCAUCUGUGCGCUCGGCAUCUUUGCCGUGUUUCUGAUGCACUUCCUCUGCUACUGCCUGUACUGUCUCCGGGUGUGGCUGUACGCGCGCGUCUGCGUCCAGGGCAACAACAGCAAAUCGAGCAGCCACGAGAAGAUCACCUCCAUCACGCGAACACUCUCCUCGAUGGAGGAAGCACAGCGGGAAAACUUCCUCAAUCCGACCGCCGUGGUCGAUCUGAAAGAGUCGCGCCAUGAUGGACGUGGCUCGCGCCAGGUGGCCUCCCUACGCUAGUGCACUUUGCUCGACCAAUAUUUCCACACAGAGUUAACAGCGAUCCGUACGGCGGGCAUAUAUAUGGUGGUGAUGGUGCUCGUGCGCUUUACUUUGGGAUUUUCGUUUGCAUUUAGGGGAAAUGUUUUUAACCGAUAAAAUUGUAUAGUUGUCAUAAGGAUCGCCAACACCGAUCGCCAUGACAGUAUCUAGCGUACGUAGCAAACAGCUGGUCGGAGUUGCGCCCAGCUCAGCAGUCCGUCGGCAGGGUUUGGAAUACAAUUUGUCUUGCUCCUUUCAAAGGACACGCAUCUAGAGGUACGCACGCAUGGUAUGCAGCGCGUAUGGUAAGAUGAUUUCAAUACUCGCAUUUAAAGUAUUUCCGUUCAGUUAUUGUAAGUUUAGGUAGUGAAUUAAUUUACCAAAACCAUAUCCUGCGUGUUAUGCCAAAAAAAGAGAAAAGAACCGUACAAUGGUGAUUACAUUCGUUCGUAGGAUGAAAAAAAAACGAAACAAAAGAACAAAAAAGAAACAUUCCGAUAUACUAUGCCUCUCUAAACGAAAGUAACGAUUCCUCGCUUUUGCUUUACCUUUACUUUACUUUCCCCCACGUCGUCUCGCACUCACACUCCACUAUUCCCGUCCUAGAUUACCGUCGGGUUCGUUCACCGUAGUAUCUCUUUCCCGUAAUCGUAUUAUAAAAAUGCAACACAAACAACAACAACAACAAACAAAAAAUCAAACGAGAAAAAAAACCGAAAAAAAACCAAACAAAAACGUGAAAACUAAAAUCAAACCAAAAAAAACACACACACACCGAUUGAGCGCCUACCGUUCAACCACAACUGACAUCACUCACGAAAUGUUAGAUCUUAGCGUAUAAAGUUACUAUUUGCUCACAAAACAAACAAACAAACAAAAAAAAACGUUUUUGUCGGACGGUGGUGCGGGGGGCUAGAUUCACAAACACACACACACACACAAACUCAAACAAAAAAGAAGAUUAUUAUAACAAUAGCAACAACAAGAAACUACAAAACAAAAGUCACACACAAACACAGAAACACACAAGCAAACUCCACACAACAAAUUAAACCAAACCAAUGUUGGAUCCGUAAGAAUGCGUCUUUAAAGUACAGUCGUUGAUUCUAGAAAUAUAUUUAAAGACAUAACAAACAGUAUCAUAGCAAAGGAACGCGAACAAAAAGAAACUCCAUUAGAUUGUUUGGCAGAAAAGGGGAAAAGAGAAGCUGAAAAGGGGCGCGAGUUGAUAAAUAUAGUAGAAUACAAGAAAUGAGGAAGGAGCGUGUAGAGAGUGAUAGUGGCAAAAAAUGCGUAAAUGCAGUCUGCGAGAUAAGCAAAAAACAACACUGGUGAUAUUGUCAGCUGUUACGAAUGGUGAUGCCCGUUGUGCGUUGAUUUUAGCAAUAAAAAAAAGUAUUGGAGAUGCGAUGCAACACACAGCACAGCCGAGCCGGAUGGAUAGGUUCUCUGGCCUGUGGGGUGAUGCAUCCGCGUAAAAGAAUUGCUAAUGCAAAGCCUAUAGGAUGCAUUUUAUUGAGAUAUAAAUAUUGAAACAGACAAGCCAGUAGUAGAAACAAAAACAAAGGAAUACCUAACACGUGUUAAAGAGAUGGCAGGCUACGCCGGGUGUGGAGCACUGGAAGAGUGAAGGAAACGAAAUCAAACACUAAAUUAAUGAAAGGAAAUCCAGAAACAAAGCAAAGCAAACAAAAAAAAAACAUUCCAUUUAUAAAUUUGAUUGGUUUGUUUAGAGUGAAGUGAAUGCAAAAUAUAUAAAAAUCAUG